CAUAUUCCCUUCCCUGGCUCCCGCAGCCGCAGCUGCAGGCGAGCAGCGGCAGCCACCCACACGAGUGCGAGACGCAUCGAGCGGGACGUGACUCGAGGGCCGGUCGGCCGGACGCCGGAAGUUUCGCUGCGCCAGUGAAGAAGGCAAGCUGCUGACGCCACUGUCUGCUCCGUGCUGGCCGGCGGAAGAUCCACGAUCGGUCGCUGCUAUUCUCCAAAUCGCCUUGCAAAUCUUCACCCGCCCCAUACGCUGGCCAUGUAUUAGUAGUGAGCUGUGCGCUUGAUCUGUUAGCUUGUGGCCUUGUGCUCCAUCUGUUAGCUUUGGUCUUGCGUAUUUGUGCUCGAUCUGUGACGAUGCCAGUGAAGAUUCAGCUUGUAUCUUCUUAUUACCGAGUCCAAGUUCAGAACAGUCAUCUUCAGGCCAGCUUGGAGCCUUGAACUGGUACAGGCCUCAGGAUGCAAUCUUUGCUCCGGAAUGUCUGCCAAGCCGGAAGCCGUUUAGCUGCUGCGAGGCUCCUUGAAUUUGCUGCUCCUGUAGCCACACAGCAGAUGGCUACCCAGUCAUCCUUGGCCAUCCAAUACCUCAGGCCUUAUGGAUUCAGUUGUCCAAUCGGGAGUCAGAUCAUUCCCUGUGGUGGUGUUCCUGCCGCCUCUGGUUUCUGCGCAAGAGCUCUCCCAGUGAGGGGUUUCUCGGCGGUGGGAAAUGCUGAGGUUGCUUCGGACGAUGAGGUUUCCAGCUCUCCUGCUGUGGCGCACCCCCCAAGGAUCAAGUUCAAGAGGCUCGACAAGACUGCCAGGCACAUUAUGAAUAUCUUGAACAAAGAGGCAGUUGAAAAGGUCCGCUCUGAGAGGGAGAUUCCUGAUGUACAACCUGGAUGUAUCAUUCAAAUGAGAUUGCAAGUUCCUGAGAACAAACGGCGAGAGUCUACAUUGAAAGGGAUUGUGAUAGGAAGGCGUAAUGCUGGGAUCAAUACAACUUUCAGACUGCGUAGAUUAGUAGCUGGUAUUGGAGUUGAGUCUGUCUUUCCACUCUACUCGCCAAACAUCAAAGAAAUCAAGAUCUUGGACAGGAAGAAAGUCAGGAGAGCUAAGCUAUAUUACCUGAGGGACAGGAUGAAUGCACUUAAGAAAUGAGACAGAUUUCAGCUUGUUGUUUUUUAGGAUUUUGUCCUGUGGAUUUGCAUGGUUUCAGAAGGUGCAAAAAGUUGCAGUUUGUGAAUCACAUUGUUAUAGUUCCAAUUUUGGAAGGCAUGGUUUGUAGUUCCCAUGCUUGGUUUCAAGCAGCAAAAGUGCUAGUAGAGAUGCCGCUUUGUGACUCAGAACUAACAUAUGUGGAUCAGUCCUGUCUGAGUUGCAGAUGCUACUGUAGCCUCAGUGCAGAAAUAAUCUUGCUCAGAUCUAUAGCUUCACUUUAUCUUCAACUGUAAUUCUCUGCCCUUUUAUUUUGCGAGGACAUUCUUGUUACUACCUGUUUGUGGAUGACACAGAAAAGUUGGAAUGUUUCAGCUCA